AUAUAGUAUAUUGGCAUUGCACAUCAACAUCGGUCACUGUCGACGAAUUGUAUACAAAUGUACACAAUAAAAACGGGGCUUGAAUGCAGAAAUUAAGCCACGAAUAAAUGCAUACUUACACAUUUCCAUCAUGGCUUUCAGGCGUCAUAGCAUGAAAUCUAAGCCGCUGCUAAAUCGCGAGCAACUUUUACAGAGCAUAGUGAGAGAUCGCAAUUUGUUAAAAGAAUAUUUUCAAGAUCUAGCUACAAAUAAAUCUAAAUCGGCAGAGCAGAAAGAACCAUCAACAAUAGCCUUAAAUCAGAAAACUAUGCAUAUGCAACAACGCGACAGCUAUGAUCUGUUUUUUGAAAGUGCUUGUAUCAGCAUUAAAAGUUUGCCGCCCAAACUGGCAGCCGAGGCUAAAAGUCGCAUUUCACAAAUCAUAACCGAAUUUGAGCUGCGUGCAAUUUCCCAGCAGGAAGCGCAACAGGAAAAGGAGAAGGAAAAGGAAAAGCAACAAAUCGCUAAGACCAUGCGACGGGCCAAUGAAUCGGCACUGGAACCCUCAUCAGAGAUUGUUUACGAAUUUCAAGCGUACAGUUGAAGGAGCUGUCAUGAAUUCU